GUGGUGCUUCUGCUGGCUUUGGGGAGAUGUGCGCUCGGAGGCUCGCCCGGCGUUCAGAUCGGGGGACUCUUUCCGCGGGGCGCCGACCAGGAGUACAGCGCAUUCCGGAUCGGCAUGGUCCAGUUCGGCACCUCCGAGUUCAGACUGACGCCUCACAUCGACAACCUGGAGGUGGCCAACAGCUUCGCCGUCACCAACUGCUUCUGUUCACAGUUCUCCAGAGGAGUGUACGCCAUCUUUGGAUUCUAUGAUAAGAAGUCCGUCAACACCAUCACGUCUUUCUGUGGGACGCUCCAUGUUUCCUUCAUCACGCCCAGUUUUCCUCUGGAUGGAAACCAGCAGUUCAUCAUCCAGAUGAGACCGGAUAUCAAAGGACCACUGCUCAGCCUCAUCGAGUACUACAAGUGGGACAAGUUCGCCUACCUGUAUGACAGUGACCGAGGUCUGACCACGCUGCAGGUGGUUCUGGACACGGCAGCUGAGAGGAAGUGGCAGGUGACGGCCAUCAACGUAGGCAACCUGAAGGAUGAGAGGAAAGAUGAGGCCUACCGCUCUCUCUUCCAAGACCUGGAGAACAAGAAGGAGAGACGGGUGAUCCUUGACUGUGAGCAGGACAAAGUCAAAGACAUCAUGGAACAGGUCAUCACCAUCGGCAGGCAUGUAAAAGGCUAUCAUUACAUUAUAGCCAACCUGGGCUUCAUCGAUGGCGACCUGUCAAAAAUCCAGUAUGGCGGCGCGAAUGUGUCAGGCUUCCAGAUUGUGGAUUUUGAUGAUCCCUUGGUGUCUAAGUUUGACCAGAGGUGGGAGGCCCUGGAAGAGAAGGAGUACCCUGGAGCAGACAGUAAAAUCAGAUACACAUCAGCGCUGACCUAUGACGCGGUGCAAGUCAUGACCGAGGCCUUCAGGUUCCUCCACAAGCAGCGCAUCGACAUCUCCAGGAGGGCCAACAACGGAGACUGUCUGGCCAACCCCGCCGUGCCCUGGGCUCAGGGCAUGGAGAUAGAACGAGCCUUGAAACAGGUACGCGUGGAUGGCUUGACAGGGAACAUCCAGUUUGACCAGUAUGGAAAGAGGGUGAACUACUCAGUAAACAUAAUGGAACUGAAGAACAAUGGUCCUGUAAAGAUUGGAUAUUGGAAUGAGGUGGACAAAAUGGCGGUCACCAAAUCAGAUGUGUUUGCAAAUGAAACAACUGGAAUGGAAAACAAAACAGUCAUCGUCACCACCAUCCUGGAAGCCCCGUACGUCAUGCUGAAGAAAAACGCGGACCUUUUCAUGGACAACGACCGCUACGAGGGGUACUGCGUGGACCUGGCGGCCGAGAUAGCGAAGCACUGCGGCUUCAGGUACCAACUGAAGAUAGUGGGCGACGGCAAGUACGGAGCCAGGGACGCAGAGACCAAAAUCUGGAAUGGAAUGGUUGGAGAGUUGGUGUAUGGGAAAGCAGAUAUUGCUGUGGCCCCACUGACUAUCACCCUGGUGCGGGAGGAGGUGAUUGACUUCUCCAAGCCCUUCAUGUCUCUGGGAAUCUCCAUCAUGAUCAAGAAGCCCCAGAAGUCCAAGCCAGGCGUCUUUUCCUUCCUAGACCCCCUGGCCUAUGAGAUCUGGAUGUGCAUUGUGUUCGCCUACAUUGGCGUCAGCGUGGUUCUUUUUCUAGUCAGCCGCUUCAGCCCAUAUGAGUGGCACACUGAGGAGUACGAGGACGGCCAGAUUCAGACCAACGAGUCCACCAACGAGUUUGGGAUAUUCAACAGCCUGUGGUUCUCACUGGGUGCCUUCAUGAGGCAGGGCUGUGACAUCUCCCCCAGGUCUCUGUCAGGGCGUAUCGUGGGUGGUGUGUGGUGGUUCUUCACGCUGAUCAUCAUCUCUUCCUACACGGCCAACCUGGCUGCCUUCCUGACGGUGGAGAGAAUGGUGUCUCCUAUUGAAAGCGCAGAGGACCUCGCCAAACAGACUGAGAUCGCCUACGGGACUCUGGACUCCGGCUCCACCAAAGAGUUCUUCAGGCGUUCCAAAAUCGCCCUGUUCGAUAAAAUGUGGACGUACAUGCGCAGCGCGGAGCCCUCUGUGUUUGUGAAAACCACCGCCGAGGGCGUUCUGAGGGUCCGCAAGUCCAAAGGGAAGUACGCCUACCUCCUGGAAUCCACCAUGAACGAGUACAUCGAACAGCGAAAGCCCUGCGACACCAUGAAAGUGGGAGGAAACCUGGACUCCAAAGGUUACGGGAUCGCCACGCCAAAGGGAUCCUCAUUAAGAAAUGCGGUUAACCUCGCAGUACUAAAACUGAAUGAGCAAGGCCUGUUGGACAAAUUGAAAAACAAAUGGUGGUACGACAAAGGAGAGUGCGGCAGCGGGGGAGGUGAUUCCAAGGAGAAGACGAGUGCCCUCAGCCUGAGCAACGUGGCUGGGGUCUUCUACAUUCUGGUCGGAGGCCUCGGUCUGGCCAUGCUGGUGGCUUUGAUCGAGUUUUGUUACAAGUCCCGAGCCGAGGCCAAACGAAUGAAGGUGGCAAAGAAUGCACAGAACAUUAAACCAACUUCCUCGCAGAAUUCACAGAAUUUUGCAACUUAUAAGGAAGGUUACAACAUGACGUUUGGGGAUGCCAUGAGGAGCAAGGCGAGGCUGUCCGUUACUGGGAGUGCUGGGGAGAACGGUCGCGUGCUGAGUCCGGAGGCUGUGCAGGCGGUCCCGUACCUCCCACCGGACAUGGGGCUCAGCGUCAGUCUGACGGACCUGUCUUGA